UUUACAAAAUUCAGAAAAUUCAGAAAAUAAAAGAAGAAGAAGAAGAAGAAGAAGAAGAAGAAGAAGAAGAAGAAGAGUUGGAUGAGAUAUUUUUGAGGCAGAGGAGGAUGGCUUCUUCUGCCCUAAUCUCCACAACGACGUUAAGCUUGCCUCCCAAACCCCUCGUUCCCCAUCUCCGCUCCCCUCACUCUUCUCGCUUUCUAUGGAAUAACCAACCUCUUCGUUGCCGCGUCUUCAUGGCACUCUCAGCCCAGCCCUCCUCCACUCCGCCUCUCGAGAGUUCUGUUGGCACAGGACAAGAAAUAACAUCAGUUGAUGUUGUUGGGCAAAAUGAUUUAUUGAUAGUAGGUCCAGGUGUACUUGGUCGCAUGGUUGCUGAACAAUGGCAGCAGGAACAUCCAGGUUGCCGAAUAUAUGGGCAGACCAUGACUGCAGACCAUCAUGAUGAAUUGAUGAAAGCUGGCAUUAACCCUUCACUUAGAGGCUCAAAGUUCACCCAUAAAUUGCCUAACAUCAUUUUUUGUGCUCCGCCGUCUCUUACACCGGAUUACCCUGGUGAUGUGAGAUUAGCAGCAUCAAAUUGGAGUGGUGAAGGUUGUUUCUUAUUCACAUCAAGCACUGCGCUUUAUGAUUGCAGUGAUAAUGGAAUAUGCAAUGAGAAUACUCCAACAGUGCCUCUUGGUAGAAAUCCUCGGACAGAUAUCCUUCUCAAGGCAGAAGAUGUAGUUCUGGAGGUUGGAGAUAGAGGUGCUCAUGCUUUCUGGCUGAAUAAAGGAACUGUUGAAAGUCGUCCUGAUCAUAUAAUCAAUCUCAUUCAUUAUGAGGAUGCCGCAUUGCUUGCAGUUGCAAUAAUGAAGAAAAAACUCCGGAGUCAAGUUUUUCUGGGCUGUGAUAAUCACCCUUUAUCCAGGCAAGAUCUAAUGGAUGCUGUGAAUCAAAGCGGCAAGUUUAGCAAGAAGUUCAUGGGUUUUACAGGUUCUGAUGGUCCACUGGGAAAGAGGAUGUAUAACUCGAAGACCCGUGCUGAAAUCGGUUGGCAGCCCAAGUACCCUAGAUUUCGUCAGUUCCUUGGAUUAACAGAUUGAGUGUGCCCCCUUUGUUGUCAUCAAGAUUGUGAAAUUUAAUCCUUUGAUGCAAAGCUGAAAUUGGAAUUGUGAAGUUUAUCAGCAUGCAUAUGUAAGUUUUUCCAAUCAGAGCAAAGAAAGUGGCUUUUGUUGUUCGCA